CACACACAAGCCGCUCACAUCCUACGGGUGUGGUUGCUCAGUAGAGAGGAGCUGUCAGCUGCCCUUAGAUGUAAGGAGGGCAGCUGCAGAGAGAUAAUCAGAAGGAUACAGAGGGACUGGCUUCUGUCCGUGCCAGCCCACCCAGGAGAAAGGAAGGUGACCAGGCUCACGAGAUGGUCUAUCCUUCGGGUUGGUGAACUGUGAACCUCUGAGGGCGGACACUGGCAGAGAGGCACCCCAACAUUCUUCAAGGGGAGCUAUGACAAGGAGGAGACAGGCCGGCAGCCUGCAGCCCUGGGACCAUCCUGCAGCUCCAGAGCUCCCGCGCUCCUUAAGAGACGAUGUGGGCGAGGAAUCUGAUGGCAAGAGCCUUAUAUGACAAUGUCCCCGAGUGCGCUGAGGAGCUGGCCUUCCGAAAGGGAGACAUCUUAACGGUGAUAGAACAGAACACAGGAGGACUAGAGGGAUGGUGGCUGUGUUCCCUACAUGGUCGCCAAGGCAUCGUCCCAGGCAACCGGGUGAAGCUUCUGAUUGGUCCAGUGCAAGAGACCUCCAGUCAUGAGCAGCCUACUCCUGGACCCAUGGCCUUUGGCCAACAGAAACUCUAUCAAGUGCCGAGUUCACAGGCGGCAUCUCGUGAUACCGUCUAUCAGGUGCCACCCUCCUACCAGAAUCAGGGAAUUUACCAAGUUCCUACCGGCCAUGGUACCCCAGAACAAGACGUGUAUCAAGUGCCACCAUCAGUUCAGAGAAACCCUGGAGGCACUAAUGGGCCCCAUCUAGGCAAAAAGGUGAUCACCCCAGUGAGAACAGGCCACGGCUAUGUGUAUGAGUAUCCUGCCAGAUACCAAAAGGAUGUCUACGAUGUCCCUCCUUCCCACACUACUCAAGGGGUAUAUGACAUCCCUCCUUCGUCAGUGAAAGGCCCCGUGCUUUCAUUUCCAGUGGGAGAGAUAAAGCCUCAAGGGGUGUAUGACAUUCCCCCUACUCAAGGGGUCUAUGCCGUUCCACCGUCAGCUUAUCGAGAUGAAGCAGGGCUUAGGGAAAAGGACUAUGAUUUCCCUUCUCCAAUGAAACAAGAUGGAAGGCCAGACACGAGACCGGAGGGGGUUUAUGACAUCCCUCCCACCAGCACCAAGACAGCGGGGAAGGACCUUCACACCAAAUUCACCUGUGACGCCCCGGGAGCCGCCGAACCAAUGGCACAAAGACAGCAGCCUCUUUCAGGGCAUCCUCCACCCUCUCACCCGGGACAGUCCAGGGCCACUCAUAGUGAUGCAUAUGAUAUCCCCCGAGGAGUUCAGUUUCUGGAGGUACCAGCAGAAACCAGCGAAAAGGCAAAUCUGGAGGAAAGAGAUGGUGUUUACGAUGUUCCCCUGCACAACCCAGCAGACACCAAGGGCUCUCGGGAUGUGGUAGAUGGGAUCAACCGACUCUCCUUCUCCAGCACCGGCAGUACCAGGAGUAACAUGUCCACCUCUUCCACCUCCUCAAAGGAGUCCUCAUUGUCAGCCUCCCCAUCUCAGGACAAACGGCUCCUGCUGGACCCAGACACGGCCAUUGAGAAGCUCUAUCGACUCCAGCAGACCCUGGAGAUGGGUGUCGGUGGCCUCAUGUCCCUCGUCACUACAGACUGGAGGUGCUACGGGUACAUGGAAAGACACAUCAAUGAGAUCCGCACCGCAGUGGACAAGGUGGAGCUGUUUCUAAGGGAAUACCUCCAUUUUGCCAGGGGAGCGCUAGCCAAUGCCUUCUGCCUCCCAGAACUGGUCCUUCACAACAAAAUGAAGCGGGAACUCCAGAGGGUCGAAGAUUCCCACCAGAUCCUCAGUCAAACCAGUCACGAUUUGAAUGAGUGCAGCUGGUCCCUGAAUGUCCUAGUUAUCAAUAAGCCCCAAAAUAAAUGUGAUGAUCUGGACCGGUUUGUGAUGGUAGCCAAGACAGUGCCAGAUGAUGCUAAGCAACUCACCACCACCAUCAGCACCUAUGCAGAGACUCUCUUUAGAGCAGCUCCAGGCAGUUCCCACCUGAAAAAUGGGCCCGACAGCAUCAUGAACUCAAGCGAGUACACACAUACGGGGUCCCAGAUGCAGCUACUGCGCCCCGGUGACUACAAGACCCAGGUCCACGAUAAGCCGUUGCCUCCCACUCUAGGCAAGGACCAGCCACCAGACUGUAGUAGCAGUGAUGGUUCUGAAAGGAGCUGGAUGGAUGACUAUGAUUACGUCCACCUACAGGGCAAGGAGGAGUUUGAGAGACAGCAGAAGGAGCUCUUGGAGAAAGAGAACAUCAUCAAGCAGAACAAGGCCCAGCUGGAGCAUCAUCAGCUGAGUCAGUUCCAGCUGUUGGAGCAAGAAAUCACCAAGCCCGUGGAGAACGACAUGUCCAAGUGGAAGCCCUCCCAGACCCUCCCAACCACAAACAACAGCGUGGGUGCUCAGGAUAGGCAGUUGUUGUGCUUCUACUACGACCAGUGCGAGACCCACUUCAUAUCCCUCCUCAACGCCAUCGACGCCCUCUUCAGCUGCGUCAGCUCGGCCCAACCCCCACGGAUCUUUGUGGCACACAGCAAGUUUGUCAUUCUCAGCGCACACAAACUGGUGUUCAUUGGAGACACUCUGACGAGGCAGGUGGCGGCCCCGGACAUUCGAAAUAAAGUCAGGAACUCCAGCAACCAGCUCUGUGAACAGCUCAAGACAAUCGUGAUGGCAACCAAGAUGGCCGCCCUCCACUACCCCAGCACUACCGCCCUGCAGGAGAUGGUGCAUCAGGUAACUGAUCUGUCCAGAAAUGCGCAGCUGUUCAAGCGUUCCCUGCUGGAGAUGGCCACCUUCUGAGAAGAAAAAGAGGCGAAAGGGACCAUGGGAAUAAUUACUAAGGAAAACUGGAAAUACGAUCUGGUUUUUGUAAAGGUUAUCUAUUUUUGUAGAUAUUUUAUAUGAAAAUGAAAUAUUUUAACGUUUUGUGUGAGUUAGUCGAGUUUCAUCAAUUCAGGGAGCUGAAGUGGGAAAUCUUUUUUUUUUCCCCCUGUGUGGUUCUUAUAUAUACAUAUAAGUAUCUAAAGCAUAAGCUGUACAGAAAUGUGUCCGUGUUUGUCUAUGCCUAUGUAUCCAUAUUUGUUUGUAGAUGUGUGUCUGAUACAUUCCAUUAAAAACAUGAAUUAAGAAGCACCUUAGUAAGCACCCCCUAAUGCUGCAUUGUUUGGGUUUUAUAGAAAAUUAUACCCGUGGGAUGUCAUGUUACUCUGCAUGUGUCAGUGGUGAGCUGAGCCCAGCACACUCCAUCUGGAGCUCAUGGUCCUAUCUACCACGGGUUCACUUCCCACAUCACAAGUCAUACCAUGUCUUCACAAGUCACCACAAGUCACAUCACAAGUCAUGGUGUGGCUUGUUGUUAUCUAAAACAUUUUUCAAACUUGACUGUCUUUAACACAACGGUAAAUGACCCCGAUCUGGUUGAAAAGGCCAAGAGAGAGAGGGGGGAGGAGGGACAGAGAGAGUUUCAAAAAGUAUACAUUAACCUAAGUUACCUAAGGCGCAAUGUUUCGAGAGCUAGAGAGAAGCAAGACACACGUGCUGGUCUGAGACUGUCCACAGCUGUGACUGUGCUCUUUCAAUUCUGCAAGAAAGCUACCAUAAAGAGAGAACAAUUGUUUCCAUGGGGCUGCAUUUGUGAGCGAUUAAGCCACUAGGUUUUCUAACAGGUGCUUUUAGAGUUGAAUUUAAAAAAAAAAUGCAGUGGGAAUUCAUGAAGAUAACAUCAGACUGUGAUCGUGACAAAAAGAAGGGAUGUCUCCAACUGCCAGUCAUUGAAUAAAGGUCUCUCUGAGGGGUUUCUACCUUCGUUAUCCAAAGGAAAUGGCAGCUCCUGAGCCACUGGACUGUGGAGCCACCAGGCCCUUUCCUGUUCUCUCGUUGCUUGGUGUAUCCUACACCCUUCUGAAAACUUCCCUAUGCGUGCCCAACACUCAGAACAACUGCGGAUAUCUGAUCGUCACACCUGCUGCGGCCCUGGACCUUGAGGAUAUGACAUGCUGCCAUGUGACAGCUAGUCACAGCAUUGAUCCUGCAGUCUGUCUCUACAUACGCGCUGUGUGGAUACAGCACAGGCACCAGCGCCACCAGACUCACCGUGGACAGACAAACUAUUCCCCUAUUUCUUUAUGACCAAGCAGAGAAGUAUGAUUCUUGUAGUCUCUGUUUGUGAAAAUUAUUCCAUUCUGGCCUAUUUGGAGAUGUGUUUUUGUUUGUUAUAAAAGUCCUUCUUUGAUACUGUU